UUUUGCAGUAAGGAUCAUCGAGCAAAGACAUCACACAGCUGCACCAGUAAUGACCAGGAAGAUCAGGUAAAUAAUAAUUACAAUGAACAGUAUGGCAUCUCACCUUUGUGUAUUAUUCUCUUGUAGUUUUUCUUGUUGAACCAGGGUGCUCUCCCUGACAGACCAUAGCCCAACACGAAAUAAAGUAUUCUGCAAGCUUUUUGGGUAUAUGUAAUUACAACAGUCACUGUUGCAUUGUAGAUAAAUUAAUAAAAGUUCUUUUGAAGAAGGGGUAUAAGAAAGUAUUGUAUUAUUUACUGGUAUCUUUGACCAUAUUUUAUGAAAAACUUAUCUUUGUGAAAAAUGCACAACAUGUGUUUCAAUACUUGUUGAAAGGGAAAUAUGGCAAAAUGUGGGGCUUUGUCAUCAGAGUACCAGGAGUGUGCUAUUGAAGACUGCAGAAGUCGUGACUUGGUGCCUGUGUUGUGUGAACACUGUCAUAAUAAUUACUGUGUAAGGUAAUGGAAUUCUUUUUUGUCAUAAUUGUCAUUUUUUUUGUCUUUGAACUGGUGUUAUCACUGUAUGAAACAGCUAGCUGCCAGGAAACUUUUGUGACUCAAGUUUGACCAUGUGUUUCAAAGGCUUAUGCCAAACUUUUUUGGCUUAGUAUCUGAACACCAACCUAGCUGUGACAGCUAGGUUUUCACAGGAAUAAUCACUAAGUCACUACUGUUAACUGGUUGUUGCUGAUAGCUUCUUUAGCUGAAAACUAUACAAAGUUUGACUGUUACAGGACCAGGUACCAAUAUAUAUCUCAAAGCUUCAUUUUCUAUACUAGCAAAUGGGUAGUAAGUUUUUUCAGUUCUUAGUUUUUAAAAUAAAAUAUUAUGUCAAGAUCAUAUUAUUAUGUCAAAAUGAAUGGAUGUUGACCAUCAUUAAAUUAUUGAUAAUGGUUCAUGAUCAUGCUUAGGUGCCAACUGAUACAAUUUACUAAUAAUGUUUUUGUUCUACCACAGGCACAGACAUCAAACUGAUCAUAAAUGCUCAGCUCUUCCUGAUAAGCAGGCAAGGAUAAAACCAGAGGACAGAAUAAAGGAAAUUAUUGGUGAAUGUUUAUGCCUAUAGUGAAAAACAAAUGAGAGAGGGUAACACAGGCACAAAAUUUGACAUUAUUGUGGAGUAGAUUCUUAUUUUAGUGAAGUGGAAAUGAAAUGUCUGCAGUGUAUUUGGAAUACAUUUACCUGGGUCUUGAUCUCCUCAUAGGAUGCAGUGGCAGAUCCAGUCCUUCAGAUAAGGGGGGGGAGGGGACGUGCCGGUCAUCCAAACCCAGAGAUAAGGGGGGGGGGCAGUCUCAAAAUAUUUUUUUCCGGCCCUUUGGGCCCCAUUUUGGUCAAAGUAUAAGGGGGGAGCCUGGGCCCCCUGCCCCCCUCCCCUGGAUCCGCCACUGGGCUGUUGUGUCAUCCUUGUGAAUAAAAUCCCUUUGACUUUGAUAAAUGGUUGGUAGGGAUGAUAGUUUGUAUGGCUGAGAAGUAACGCUAUUUGUGGGAACAUGUACUUAUGUGAAACACAAGUUCUACUUUCCGUUCAUCAAGUAAUGAGAGGGAUAAGUAACAUGGAAUUAUUAGUGGCACAGUGGCAGCAUGGAUGUUAGUCAUGAGUGCAUUUCAGUGUCCAUGGUAAUCAAUACUUUAUCCGUGUUAUUCAUUUUUUCUUGUCCCCUCCAUGGUCCUAUACUGAUUGGAUGUUGUGCUUCCUGCUUGUCUGUGGGUAUCCAUUUGGUUAGUGUGAAGUCUGAAGCUGACCUCUGGGAAUAUGAUAAUUGGUGCUUGUUGAAGCUAUUGAAUUCAGCGUCUUCUUUGCCUAGAUGCUGAAACAGCUGAUGGCAUCUGAGGUCCCAAUUACAUUAAUCCAAAUAAAUUAGAAAACAUUGAUUUUCUAUGUGUUUCAUUUUUCAUACUGUAAUGUCAUGAUUAUUUUUCUAACCCUUUAGGUAAAGAACUUAAUAAAGAAAAGAAAGGUACUGGUUUUGCAAUUAGCACUUAUUAGGUAAAUGACCUAGUAAUGAUGCUGCUGGCUACAAAUGGUGACAAAAUUAAUUGAGACUAAAAUUGAGACACUUUAUCUUAAGGGGACUUUCUGAUGUUUUGCCGACUUUCAAAAGGGGAAAUGAAGUUUUCCCUCCCCCAUCACCUCCACUGUUCAAGUUAACUAUAAAUAACAACAAACACCCCAGCUUUGAAUGAAGGGGGGGGGGGGGAGGGAUUUGGAUUGCUUUGUUCUCCAAAGUCACUCUAUUUGAGGACAGUGUCUCAACAAUUUUGUUUCUGAAUGUGACAUGCUGAUUAAUUCAUUUUCACAUAUUUUAUACGUUACGCUACUUUUAUAUAGAAUUAAUUUACUCAUGUCAAAUAUCUUACUUCAUGUUAUGCUGUCUGUGGUUUUUAGGGCCAGGUGGAAUGCGAAAUGAACGACGGGCGGCUAAGGUGACAUUGAUGAAGAUCAAGAUGAAAGCAACCGGAGAUCCUUCAGUCCCGCAGGUCUGUGAAAUAAGUUUACUAUCCAAAUCAAUAAAGAGUUUCACUUUACGCAGCUUCUAUAACGCAACACCAAGAAACACUGAAAAACUCAUUCCGGUGAUCUUUCAAUGACUGGCGGUUGUUGACAUAACUUUGUUAUGAACUUCCUAGGAUAGAAACUUUGAUGAAAGUUACAUAGUCUUAAAGUCUAGAGUAUUCUUAAGUCAGAGGUGAAUCCAAACUGAGCUUUGUUUACUUUUCAUGAAUCUGAGACCGCCAUCCAGUUAGCUCAGUUGUCAGAGUGCCAGGCUGCUGAGAGUGAAAGGCCGUGAGAUCAAACUCCAGCCGCCAGAUCACCAACCAAGGUUUUUGAUAAACUGGUGCCGAGAUCAUGUUAUUAAAACCCCUUCUCAGUUCAGAUGAUCGCGUCCUUAGGUGGUGAUGUUAAGCUGUUGGCUAUUUGUCUCCUCUAUUAGGCCAGUACAUGCUGUAACUGUUUGAAUAGUGAACUCGGGAAUAUUACAGACAGUUCUUUCCUUAAUUUCCAGGAUGAACGUGUUUAUCUCAGAGUUUUAAUGCCUUUGGGUAACAAAGAAAGAGAACAGCCCAUGUUUUUCUCAAAGGUAAGCAGCUGAUAUCGAGAGAGAAUGGGCGAAAAUAAUAACGGUACCGUGCGGUGAUUUACAGUGGCUUCCUUUUGACUGGUUAACGUCAAUUCGAAAGAACGAAAUUUGGAAUUUCAUUAUGCUGUUUGAGUCUAUUGCUCAACGCACUUCUUAUUAGAAAGGACGUAAUAAAUAAUGUUCAGUUUGUUUCCUCUGUCAUGGCAUGUCUUUUUCAUCGCAUUGAAGCAAUUUGAUUGGUUAGUUCGGUUUUAAUAUAUAGAUUUAGCCAGGGCUAAAAGCGAAGCUCUGGUUAAUAAUACUUGUAAACAAAAAAAAAUUAAAUCGUGUAAUGCUAAACGGGGAGGGCAAUGAAAAUGGCAUCAAGAUCAAUAGAUCGAAUUAGCAAAAAAAACAAAUUGCACGCGCAGCACACAUUUCUUUCUAAUUAGCAAAAAAGAAACAAAUUUGCACGUGCACGCUUUUUGUCUUUCUUUGCCGUUGUUUUGCGCAACUACAACGCUGUUUUGUAGGACUAAAACGUCAUACAUCCUAGUUACACAUUAUUUUUAUGGAGGAAUUGUCGUAUGUGCUUACCCACUAUUUUGUCUCCUGUGUUCAUGUUCGCUUUUAUUUUUCACUCCGCUUAUUUUUACCUUGCUGGUCGCUAGCAUUUCUCAUUGUCUCACAGCCGCUUUGAAUUUUCAUGUUUUUCUUCCUUAAAAAUUCGUCUCUUUUGUUUUCAAUCACUCGCUUUAGCUCUUUGUCUGUUAUCCACGUGAGUGUAAACAUCAAAAAUAACGUCGAAAAAGACACGACUUUGUGUUGUUUUUUCUUUCUAAAAGUCCGGAUGGCCAUGCGAUUUCUUUCUAAAUAAAACCUUGAGUUGCAUUUGGGUUGCCAUACCUGUUGAUUGAAUUAUUUUACAUUGGUAUGCCUGUGGUGCGGACGAACGGGCGGGCGGUCGGUCGGUGUACGGUCACGUGAUUACCAAAUUUUCUCGGAUGGGUAGUUUACCACAUUUUCUUACCCAUGGUGCUCCGCUGCGCGCGCUUCGCGCGCGAGAGCUCCGCUAUUACAUUUCAAAUUUUUAUUUAUGGAAUAUAAAAUUCUAGGCCCUGCUCAUAGUUUUCAGAAAACAGGUUUUUUCUUCAAAAUAUAAAAUUUACAAUGGCGAGCCGUUAUCAUUUUUCUUCGAAAGUCUUAAUUCUAUUAAAACUGACCGUGCUUACUGUUCUCCGCCAGUAUUGGACCAUUGGCAAGAUCAUUGAUAAGAUUGCCGUGGCUGCCAAGCUAAAGAAUGAAAAUAAUGUAAAUGUAACAGAGAAGGUAAGGUGUGCUUUGCUUUUCUUUGCUGUCAGUUGUUUGAAGGAGGUUAUGCCAGUUUUCUUAAUGUUUGUCCCAGCGUUAAUCAAUAGCGUUAGCCGAAGAAUGUGUUACUGAAGGAAACCAUGAUUUUUAACGACACAGUUUUGCCUUUCCACUUACUCUUUUUGAAUGCUGAAGGUCUAAAGAAGUGCGUUUCUUCUGAGUUGCAAUUGUGUUUUCGAAGAUGUUGAAUAUGUCUUUACAACGGUUUUGGGCGGAUUUCAAAACGUGUACGUUGGCUUAAAAAGGAUGAAAAUUUAGAGGUUAAUCGUUUUGAGGUAUAAGCCGAAUAGACGAAGAUACUGUUCCACAAUGUACCUGUUCUCUGAUGGUGAAUACCUAGUAUGAGAGGAGGGAUUAUCUCUGGUGUGUUAUGGGAAGAAGGCUUUUAAGUGCAAUGUAUAAAUAUGUUUUUCGUUUGAAUGUAGAUGGUGCCAUAAACAAUGGCCGCAGGGGCGUAGCCAGGCAUUUUUCCGUUUAAGCCCAGGAUGUUAAAAGGAGUAAUAAUAAUAGUAAUAGUGAUAAUAAUAGUAAUAAUAGUAAUAGUAAUAGUAAUAAUAACAAUAAUAAUAAUAAUAAUAAUAAUAAUAAUAAUAAUAAUAAUAACAAUGAUAAUAAUAAUAAUAAGAAAUCAACAAUGAUAAGAAUAAAAUGAUGAUGAUGAUGAUGAUGAUGAUUACAUGUACUGAUAUUUGUUUGUAUGGCACAAAUUUAACAUACGUUUUGAAAUGCGCGUUUGAAGACAUUAAAAUAAACUAAAGAACUGACCAAGGUAAUAAUAAUUAGAAAUACAAUCCAGACGCAUAAAGAACAAAAAUGUGAAGUGCAUCGGUAAAAGGCAUUUUCAACUAAGAUAGGUGUCCCUUUAGAGCUUGCUUAAAAUGAUUCAGAACACUAAUUUUCCUGAUAUCAACUUUUUUGCCAAAGUCGCGCGCGAAUGGUAACUUGCAAAAUUUAUCGUUGACCCUGUACUGAUUGCACAUUUUUUAUAUAACAUUAGACAAAAAUGAAAUACCGCUGAACGAGCCGUUUUCCGAAAAUGAAUGCCAUAAUAAGCUCUGGGAAGAAAAUCUGAACGUCAGCGUUAAUUGUCUACUAACCGUCACUAAAUGCAAGUUUUUUUUUAUUUUCUGUACGAAAAUCUCAGAGUACUCUUUCGCAGUCAAUGAGCAUCUCUUUAGGCGCGUGCAAGAGGGCUAAGGAUGAUAGCCAAUCUGUUAGCAUCGUGGAUCGUAUGUUCGUUUUUACCCUCCUGUUGGUACUGAGUGAUCUUUGGCUUCACAAACGUCUCUGUAAACUUGUCAUGAAACUAUAAAAUUAAGUUAGUUAGUAGAAAAAGAAGUAGAGCCGGGCCUGGACUAGGCUUCCUAAGCGGCGGGGCCUGAGUGAGAACUGCUCAUAGAUAGCGAAACAGCGAGAUAACGGAACAAUGUAACUUCAAGAAAUUUAGGUGGAGAUUAAGAACGGAAAAUGUAAACUGCUCUCUGCGGACAGCAAUUGCAGUAUUGCCAACCGCAGACUUUUGGCUCUAGAAUUUUCCAUUUUUAGCUCGAUCGAGAACUAAUGUUAUUGAUAAACUAUUUAAUGAAGACGUGAUAACCUGCACUUAUUUUUGCCUCAGAUUCUUGUUAAGCCCGGGCUUAAUGGCUUAAAGGCAGCUACGCCCCUGGUGAGACUUAGUACCGGAAGUUAUGGAGAUUUUUUUUGCCGAAAAUACGCACUGAUUUUGAACGUGGUUAAAGAGACUUAACGGUCGUUUAACAUACGUCAUUGCAAAACAACGCUUUCAAAAUUUAUUGCAUUUAUUGAUAUUUGGUUAUAUCAAUAUAUAACUCAUCUUACAUCUUUGACAUCUUUGUCUAACUCCAUCCAACAUAGUUGGAUGUAACGUAUUGGAUCCGUUUGAAUACUGGCCUUGCUCUACAGUAUCGGAUUAUUUCGGAUUAUACUGGAACACGUUUAAAUGAGUUCAAACGUUCGUCCCACUUCCAGGGGAGCAAUACAUCAGAUACAUGCGUGUUUGAAGCGGCCCUAUUUCACUCAUAUCUUAGUAGUGCGAACCUAACGUGACAAAACUCUCCGAGAAGACUAUAGUGGCUUCGCGAUAAAAUCGGAAGCUAAAAGUAUUACAUCACGAAAGUGUUGAUUAUGGUAAAAUUGUCAAUGACUAACUUUAUUUUAUUUUUUCUUGUUUUUUUUUUUUUAGAAGUUGCGAUUAAUUAAUCGAAACACUGGUGAAUUGCUGACUUUGCAAGAUACUUUGGAGUAUUUGCUAACACAUGAUAACGAGCCUCUGUUGAAUGGAAGUACAGUUAUAAUGGAAUAUGUGGACAAGAACUUAAGCAGUGUAUUACCUGACCUAGAUAAAUAUCCUAGAUGA